AUAACAUUAUACACCCACCGACCAUGUUCUUGUAGUUUCUUGUGUCGCUGUUUGUUUUGGAACAAUCCCAAAAAAAUCCAUCUUAUCUGGGUUUUCCAGAGAAGAAGAGAUCACAGAGUUUUCUAAUGGAGCCACCGAGCUCCAUGGAGCUCAAAGUGAUGUCCUGUAAUGGUAUAAACGUUUUUAAUUUCUUUCAGAAAUUAUGUACCUAUGUAACGGUUUCCAUAGUUUCAGAAGAUCCAAAGGAAAAACAGAAGAAACGCAAUCAUGAUAAACAAAAAACACCUAUUGACAGAGAAGGAGAUGGAGAUCCUGAAUGGAAACACGAUAUCCGGUUCGAUCUUAAACAGAUUUUGUCGUCGUCGGCGUUGACGUCUUUGGAUCAUAUGUUUGUUCAUUUCGAUAUACUUGCUGAAGGAUUUCUUGGUGAUAAAUCUGUUGGACAAGUUGUAGUUCCUUUGAAAGAAUUGAUCCUUGAAUCUCAUGGCGGAGGAGCUACGAGAUUUAUUAGUUAUCAGGUUCGCGGUAGCGAUGGAAAACCCAACGGAACUUUGAAUUUCUCUUACAAAGUUGUCGGAAAUGAAAUUUCUUCAACGUUCCAGAAUAACAACAACAAUCCGGCAAUAGUUUAUCCGCCGGUACAGGCGGUGGCGCCACCUCCAUCGAUUUCUUAUCCACCGAUUGACAAUUAUCCUUCGUCACCACCGAUGUUUUAUCCACCGCCAAUUGAAGUUCAGCAUCAGCAUCAGCAUCAUCACCAUCAUAAUCCAUCUACUUCUUCGGAAGUGUUCUAUACGGCUCCACCGACACCAGCUUCUCCUCAUACUCCCACGGUGUCGGUGGCAGAUAUGUUUCCGUAUCCGCCUCCGCAGCAACAUCAGCUACCGCUGCAUUACCAACCACCACCGCCAGCUCCGGCGUUUCCAUAUGGAUACGGUUCAGGGGGGUUUGGAUACCCACAUCAGCCUGGAUUCUAUCCAAUGACGACAAUCGGGUAUCCGCAUCCAAAUCCAUAUCCUUAUGUGGAUAGGCCUUAUGGAGAUACUUGGCACAGGGAAAACCAGCAUGGAGGAGGAUCUCCCGGUGGUUCGUGGAGGAGAAUCAGGAAAUUGUUUGGACGCCUCAAAAAGAGAUUCCGUUAAUGGUAUGAUGCAUAAUGGAUUUGGACAAUGUGAUUCACAUUUUUUUAAAGAUGUUAUCCGGCUGAAUUGUGGGCAUUGUUUGGUGAUUAAUGGAACUGAUUUUCACUUGUGAAGAAAGAGAUUUACUAAUACAUUCUUUGUAGAGAGCGAACGAUUAACUUAACUGCUGUUUUUUUUGGUCUCUUUUUCUCUUUCCUCUGAAAUGAGUUGUUAUGUGAGUCAUGAAGAUGUAAAAAUAUGGGUACCGAUAUGGAUAUAUCAUAUAUAUGCACUUACUUAAUCUGGUGA